ACCGCUCCAUCCUCCCAUUAUAAACCUCCACCUGCUCCGGAUUCCUGUUUCCUUCUCUCUCUCUCUCUCUCUCUCUCUACAACUUCGAACCAACUAGCUUCCAUAUGCAUUCACCUCACCUCUUACCCCCAAAACUCAUCUCUCUUAUUAUCAGUGCCAUAGGCUUGAAAAUGAAGUUGCAUGUACUGCUCUCACGCCUUUAAAUCGGUGAUUACAGCUUCAGACCGCUUCACGAAGCUCCUACACCUCUCUUAACCACUCUAAUAAAUAUAUAUAUAUAUAUAUAUCCCAUUUCGUAUAUAUAUACAAGUGAUAUAUAUACGUGUAUUAGAUUUCUGACUCAUUUGUUUCGAUCUAUGAUAUGAGAUGGGGAAGUUCGGUUACAACGGAUGAUGAUGAGGUGCUAAGUAGUACAUAGCUGGAUCGAUACCUGAUUAAAGGAUUUAAUUUAACCCACAUAUUUAUUUAUAUAUAUAAUGGCUCGGGAGACUAGUAACUGGCUUUCGUUUUCACUCUCGCCAAUGGAGAUGCUGAGUUCAUCAUCGCAGUCUCAGAUGCUACAAUCGACGAUGAAGCUCGUGCCCUUCGAUGCCCCUUCCACUGAAGAUUCUCACCACUACUACUUCGAUAACUUCUAUGCAAACGGGUGGGAAAAUACGAAGGCUGAAUGCCUGUAUGAUGAUGGGGAGAAUCAAGUAAAACAAGGACAAAGCAUUGCAGAUUCGUCCAUAUUCAGGAGCUUCGUGGAUUCGCAAAUCCAACAAAAUACGGUUCCGAAGCUGGAAGACUUUCUGGGUGGGGAAUCGUCGUCGUUGAUUGGAUACUCGGAUAGCCAAACGGAGACACAGGAGGACUCCUCGUCCCUGACUCACAUCUACGGUCAGAAUGGUUCAACAGCCUACUUCAACGACCAUCACCAAGAUUUGAAACCAAUCCAGGCCGCGGUGGGGGUGGGGGGGUUCCAAGCGUUUUCUGCCAAUUCGGGCUCGGAAGAAGUGGUGGAUGAUUCGGCAUUUGUGGGCAGGGCUCAGCUCACUUGUGUGAAUUUUGGGGGUCGUCAUCAUCAGUCCAUUGAGUCAGGAGGGGGGAACCAGUUGGGGUUUUCGCAGUGCCCAACUGUUGGUGCUGGUGCAUUGUCUUUGGGUGUUAACAGUCACAGCUCCUCCGAGAAGGCUAUAGUAUCGGUUGAUUCUUCAGGGACUUGUAAGAAGAUCACUGAUACAUUUGGCCAGAGAACUUCCAUUUACAGAGGAGUCACCCGGCAUAGAUGGACUGGAAGAUACGAAGCGCAUCUAUGGGAUAAUAGCUGCAGGAGGGAGGGCCAGGCCAGAAAGGGACGUCAAGUGUACCUGGGUGGAUAUGACAAAGAAGACAAGGCAGCAAGAGCUUAUGAUUUGGCAGCUCUAAAAUACUGGGGCCCCACUGCCACUACCAACUUCCCUGUUUCAAGUUAUACCACAGAGCUCGAUGAGAUGAAACACGCAACUAAGCAAGAAUUUAUUGCAUCGUUAAGGAGGAAAAGUAGUGGAUUUUCACGAGGAGCAUCUAUCUAUAGGGGUGUAACAAGGCAUCAUCAACAGGGCCGAUGGCAAGCAAGGAUAGGUCGUGUUGCAGGAAACAAAGAUCUAUACCUUGGGACAUUUGCCACUGAAGAGGAAGCAGCAGAGGCAUAUGACAUAGCAGCAAUAAAGUUCAGGGGUCUGAAUGCAGUAACCAAUUUCGAGAUGAACCGGUAUGAUGUUGAAGCCAUUAUGAAGAGUGCUCUUCCCAUUGGUGGAGCUGCCAAGCGGUUGAAGCUCUCACUUGAGGCAGAGCAGAAACCGUAUGUGAACCACGACCAACAACCCCAAUGCAGCAACAACAGCAGUACCAGCAUCAAUUUUUCUACCAUUCAGCCACUUCCUGCAAUCCCAUGUGGGGGGAUACUACCAUUUGACACCACCGCUCGUUAUCAUCACAACCUCUUCAACAUCCAUUCUGAUAAUGAUAGAGGCACUUGCACUUCUGAUAACCCCCCGGGCUCUGCCGCCGCCUCCAUGGUAACUCCAAUGACUUUCUUGCCACCACCACCAGCUGAGUUUUUUAUUUGGCCUCACCAAUCCUAUUAACAUAUUGACCAAAUAGUAGUGACUUCCUAAACACUUACCAUUCAGCUAAUGUUAACUACUUUUUCCUUGUCUCUGGCAAUUCUCUCAAAGCUGACCUAUUAUCUAUCUGACCCGGUAAACUUUAGCAUAGCAUUUAACUUUAGCAGGGAUGAGACACUUGGUUGACAGUUUGAAGGAUGAAGUUUUAUUUCCUAGAGAGAGAGCAGAAACAAAAACAAAAAAAAACUGCAAUUUUUGUAAGUAGCUUUUCUUCUCAAUAGGUUGAUGACAUGACAUGACUUGUAUGUUGAAUGGGGCCUGGGCACACUCCCAUCUUGUGGAGAAGGGUUGAAUCUUCUCCAGUUUUGCUUUGGUUGGAGUUGCUCCUCCUAUAUUGCUAAUGGUUAAUUGUAUUUUGAACAUCAAA